GUUUCCUCAUUCACACCAUCCAUCAUCAUCUUGAUCAUUCAUCAAAAACAGCUAGCUUUUUUUAAUUCACAAUGACAACCCUUUUCAGAUCCAAAUCUUGUGGUGGACUACCACGGCCCAAAGCCUCAUUUUUUCAUUAUUCAUCAUCCUCUUCUUCUAACCAACAAAAUGACACCAAUUAUGAAGAUGAAGAUGAAGAUGACGACAUUUGCUAUUAUUGUCAAGAUAGUUACACUAAUAAUGAUUACUUUGAUCAAAACAGUAGUAGUCCAAUUACUACACCUUUUAUUAGUCCAUGCCAACAACAAGGUGGUGGUGUUCCUAAUCGAUCUAAUCAUAAUAAUAACUUCACCAUUGCCUCAAUAUUGUUAAACGCCUUACGUAAAUCUCUUCUCACUUGUGCGGUUGAUCAUCAUGACGUCACCAAAGCAGAUACUUUGAAUAUUGGCAGUCCCACGGACGUGCAACAUGUGUCACAUGUGACGUUUGAUCGUUUCCAUGGCUUCCUUGGUUUGCCUCUUGCUUUUCAAUGUGAUGUCCCACACAAAGUUCCCAGCGCAAGUGUAUGUGUGUUUGGAGUAUCCGUGGAGUCUAUGCAAUGUUCCUAUGACGAGAGAGGGAACAGCGUACCAACAAUACUUCUUAUGAUGCAAAACCGUUUAUAUUCAGAAGGUGGUCUUCAAGCAGAAGGAAUAUUUCGUAUAAAUGGGGAAAACGGUCAAGAGGAGGAUGUUAGAAAACAGCUCAACAGAGGUUUUGUCCCCCAUGGAGUCGAUGUUCAUUGUUUGGCUGGCUUGAUUAAGGCAUGGUUUAGAGAACUUCCUACGGGUAUUCUUGAUUCGUUGACCCCAGAGAAGGUCAUGCAUUGCAAUACAGAAGAUGAGUGUACUCGUCUUGUCAAAACUCUGCCUCCAACUGAGGCUGCACUUCUUGACUGGGCCAUCAACUUAAUGGCAGAUGUAGUCACUUAUGACGAAAUAAACAAAAUGAACUCCCGAAACAUUGCUAUGGUCUUUGCCCCCAACAUGACACAGAUGGCGGAUCCUUUGACUGCAUUGAUUCAUGCAGUUCAAAUCAUGAACUUGCUCAAAACACUCGUCAUAAAAACUCUUCGUGAAAGAGAAGAAUCAUCUCCAGUUUCUAACCAGGUGUCAAUGUCAAUAUGUGAAGAUAGUCCAUCUCCCAGCAAUAAAGCCGAGUAUCCUUAUACUUUACGGAGCGCCACUUUGAACAGACUAGGAUGCGAAGACGAAGAACAAUUUUGGAGCUUUCCCAGAAAGAGUGGGUCUGUUGUGGAAUAUGAUUACAUAUCAGGUAAAAACUCGCCCAUUAGAUGUAGAAGUGAUCACCACGAGAGUGAUGACCUAUCAAAACAUCUAGUAAUUGAUCAGGGGAUAUUGGAAAGACUAAGUUUGAGAAAAAGUGUAAUGAGGUUAUGCAGAUAUCCUGUGUUUCAGUUUAGUAAGCCUGCUAAGAAGACUGGAUCGGUAAGUGUCAAUGCUACGGACCAUGGUGAAGCUUGGGUUUGAUUCACUGCCUCUCUGAGGUUAAUAGUGGUUGGUCAAGACACCACCUCAUUGACCAUGUAUAAUAGCUCCAUAUGAGGUUUUUUAUUUUGACGGCUGUCUAUCCUACUUUUACUCCUAAAUUACAUGUCUCUAUAACACCUCCAUCGGAGAUUAACAAAUGUAUUAAAAAAUUCUUAGAUGUGAAAAGAUUCAGACUUAGUUACACGGAUAUUGUACUUAUAUCAAAAAGUUUUAUUAUAAGCU